AUCAGCCCUUUCCUUUACCUGCUGUUCCCCCCAUUAAACAAGUGGCGACGUAUUUACGCUCCUAAUGCCUUAGGCACGAUUGCUUAUUGAUCGGUACAUCUACAUCGCCAUUUGCAUUCUGUUUCUAUUGAAUUGUAUCAAUGUUUGGCUACACUCUUCAUCAAAACCUCAUUUUAUAUUUUAGACUUGUGAGGUAUUCGUUAUAUGUGGGCUAUCGGCUCCUUCCCAUAAACCAGGUACAGAAUUAACUAGUUCUUAAGUGUAAUGUUUAAGAUAGGCCAAAAGUAAUUUUGUGCAUUUUUUUUGAUUAUUUUGCAACUGUGAUCUGAACAAUUUCCUCGCUGAUGGGUACUUUCUCGUCAUAGGGUAACAAGCUGAGAUUGGACAUCACCAUUGCAUCCUAUCUGGCACAAAUUCCGUUCAGCUGAUUGAUCUUAUCCAUGGCGGACUUCCCAGUGUAAAUAAUAAUAAUAUCAACUAUUAACCAACAGUUUUUGUCAGUUAGAGAGUAGCACUAGGGAUUCUUUAUGGUUUAAUAGCAAAAAAGUUCCACUAAACAACCAAAGGAAUUGACUGAAAAGACAUUUUCUACCCACAAAACAUUCUUAUUUCUUUGAGGACCCUGACACCGUUGUUGUUUGUUUGGAUGUGGAUUUCCACAAAAUGAAACUCCAAUGUGAAAAUCAAGCAAAUACAAUAAAAUAACUGAAUCGUUAUGGUCGGUCAAUUAAUUCAUAGAGAUGAAUUGACCAAGUAGAGACUGGUGGUAAUACAAGAUCAGAUUGUUCUGCUAUUGCUCGUUCUUCAGAUCUAAUUCAAUAUGGAAAUAAUAACAAUUGAGUGUAACAUUCCUAAAUGUGAUUUAACCGGCCGUGAAAGCCUUCAUAGUCUGAUAAUUGAGUGUAAUUUUUGGGAUUGGGAUCACUAACUAAUUGAAAUCGAUAUCUGCACUGUCGACGUUUUGCCUAUUUAUGUAAGCUUCUUUCGGAAUCGCUUUUUUUCUAGACAAAUUCAAGUGUCGUUUAUGCUCAGUUGUUGAGAUUAUCCUGCAAUAGUCCUAGCUUAUGGCCUCUCGUGUUCUGUGUCCUUUAUUUCCUCACAUAAAGGGUGACUUAGUCUUGAAUUUUAUUUCUUCCAACUGCUGAAACUAAACGAUUUCUGAAUUAUCUUCCAAUCUUGUUUCAUUGCCGAGCAAAACCAUUUGGCCGUUUCGUAACUCUUACUCCGAACGGUUAUCCAACAAGGAAAGUUGUUGCUCACUCAGCUCUUUGAUUUGCAGCUGUUCUUCCCCUGGGUCUCUUUUGGAUUAUUGAAGAAAUCAAAACGUUUCUAAAGCGUAAGAAUAAAGCUCUGAGAGCCGCGACAAUCUACCCGACAGGAACUGUUUUGCUAUUAAAUUAUACAGCAAGUCCAGCGUCUCUUCUGACGAAACUCUAAACAUGUAUUUUGGGGUUUGGCAUAAUUUCUUUUUCAGGUAAACCAUCAGCAUUGAAUGUCGGUGAUUAGUAAAAGGUAAACUUUGAAUUUGUGAAUUUGAGGACGAACUGUUUUUGAUUCUGUUCUGAUUUCUCGGUCAUUGACCAUUUUUUUAGAGCCCGUUCAGUCGUAGUCAAUGUUCUGAAUGAUGGCUGAACAAACAAACUUAGAGAGUCACUAAAUUGUUUAAAUGUUUAUGUUAGAUUGCCAAACCCUGAAGCCUUUGAAAACCUUGGUCUUUUGAGGAUAAGUGGUCUUAUUCGGUCUAUUUUUUCAGAAUAUUUCUGGAUCAAGUAUUGCAACAACGUACUUAGUAGUGCGAACAAGAUGGAUGAAGUCAAUGGAAAAGCCAAAGAAAACGGCGAAUCGAAGGAUCGUCGCAAUUCGGACAAACGACGGUCGCACACUCCCAACCGCAGCCGUAGCCGAAACAAGAGAAGCCGAAGCCGCUCAAAGGACAAGAAGAGAGUGAGUCGGGACAACAAGAAGAGGAGUAGGAGCAAGGAUCGCAGGAAGUCCCGAGACCGUCGCAGGACAUCGAAGGACAGAGUCAACAAGUCAAAGGACAGACGAUCGCGGUCUAGAGAUCGUAAGUCUAAGUCCAAAGAGCGCAGACGGUCCAGGUCUAAGAACAGGAGAAGCGUAUCGAGGGACAAGCGCGAUAGAACUCGCGGAAACGCAGGAAGGAGAAGCCGCGAUAAGGCAAGGAGCCGAAGCAGAGACAAGCGAACUCGUAGCAAAGACAAAGUCGUUCGAGACAGGAGAAGUCGUAGCAGAGAUCGCAAACGUAGUCCGUCCCCCAUAAAGCCGCCAUUCCGAAAGACGGCGCCCCGUUCACCGUUGGGUUUGCGUGGACAAUCGCCCCUGGAAGAACUGAGUUCGGAGGAACGAGACGCCAGAACCGUUUUCUGCAUGCAAUUAUCGCAACGCAUCCGUGCACGUGAUUUGGAAGAGUUUUUCAGUGCCGUUGGCAAAGUUCGCGAUGUCCGCAUGAUAGUAUGCAACAAAACACGACGCUUUAAAGGCAUUGCGUAUAUUGAGUUUAAGGACCCAGAGAGUGUCGCCUUGGCCUUGGGAUUGUCUGGCCAGAAGCUGAUGGGUGUGCCCAUCAUAGUGCAACACACUCAAGCCGAGAAGAAUCGAUUGGGAAACGCGAUGCCCAACCUUAUGCCGAAAGGCAUGAUUGGACCGAUGCGACUUUAUGUUGGAUCAUUGCAUUUUAAUAUAACCGAGGAAAUGCUGCGUGGAAUAUUUGAACCAUUUGGAAAGAUUGAGAAUAUUCAACUCAUUAUGGACCCCGAAACAGGUCGAUCCAAAGGAUAUGGGUUUAUAACCUUUCACAACUGUGACGAUGCAAAGAAGGCAUUGGAGCAGCUGAACGGUUUCGAGCUGGCCGGCAGACCAAUGAAAGUAGGAAAUGUUACCGAACGCAUCGAUCUUCAGAGCCAGGGUCCGUCUCUUCUAGAUUCAGACGAACUUGAUCGAUCUGGCAUCGAUUUGGGAGCAACUGGACGUUUGCAACUGAUGUUCAAAUUGGCUGAAACUGCCGGGAUGCAAGUUCCAGCUGCUGCAGCCAAUGCGCUGAGCAUGGCUACUGGACAGCCCGUUGUGCAACAAGUUCAAUCGAAUUCUACACCCCCGAUCGCCACUCAGUGCUUCAUGCUGAGCAACAUGUUUGAUCCGGCAACUGAAACCAAUCCAACGUGGGAUAUAGAAAUUCGCGACGAUGUCAUUGAAGAAUGCAACAAGCAUGGCGGAGUGUUGCAUGUGUACGUCGACAAAGGUUCACCCCAAGGAAAUGUUUAUGUGAAGUGUCCUUCUAUUGCAACAGCAGUGGCAUCCGUUAAUUCGCUGCAUGGGCGAUGGUUUGCUGGUCGGGUAAUCACUGCCGCGUAUGUACCCCUUCUUAAUUACCAUUCACUGUUUCCGGACGCGAUGACCGCCGCUCAACUGUUGCUACCGUCGGCUAGGAAGUGAGUUUCCGAUCACCUGUAUAUAGUUUCUACACAGUAUUGCAUCAAUAUCGUGUAAUCGCUGUAGAUAUUGUGGUGUUUUUAAGCAAAUCACUUAGAAUUAAUUACGUACCAUAGUCAUUGUCUUAAAACCACUUAUAUGUAUAUUUUUGCCCAUCUGAAUAAAUGAUAUGUUGGUUAACA